CCUCAUGUUUUUUUUUAUUUGUAUUUAGAAAAAAAACAACAAAAAUUAAAAUAAUUGUAAUAACAUAAUGAUAGUGAAAAAUGGGCGAUUUUAAUGGAACUAUGGGCGAUUUUGGUGGCUUUGUGUCCGAUAAUUUUGUUGGUGGCGGAGGUGGUAACUUUAAUGGUCUGAAUCCACCGCAAAUCCCUCCAGGUCCACAGCUGCAACAACAGCAAAUGGCGGAAAAUAUUCAACUUAGCAUGGAACAGCAUAUACAGCAAACGAACGAUAGGUUGAAAUGUAUACAAAGAGACCUGAGUUCGAUGCAAACAUUUCAAGGUGCUGCACGUGAACUACUAGAGUGGUGCGGGGAUGCUCGUGCAUUUCAACCGGCUUACGAACAAAAUUUGAUGCAUUGCUUAACGAUUGUCAGUAAAGUUGCACCGUUGCAAGGUUAUGAUAUUGACUUAGGUUACCGCUUACUGGCAGUGUGUGCCGCCCACCGCGAAAAACUUUCCAGGAAAUCUUCAGCAAUGCUUUCGUCAUGGUGUGAAGAGUUGGGAAGGUUGCUAUUGCUACGUCAUCAGAGAAAAGCCGACGUUAAACCGUUUGCAAACAACCCGAUAAAAAACAUGGCUGCUCCAAUGCCGCAUGGUGACAGCACGAUAGCCUGGCAACCCAAUAACCCACAGCAAACAAAUGUGUCAGUAUCCGUCUCAUCUGUUUGGGGAGUAUCUUCGUCGCCAUCAGUAGUCAAUCCAAUGAUGCCGAUGCAAGGAGGCGGCGGAUUAACGCAAGGUGGCGCACCGCAAUACGAUCAGUCAAUGCAAAAUGUCCCAAUGAAGUUUCCCAAUCAAGGUUUCAAUCCAUCCAAUGGAGGAAUGCGCGGAAAUGAGAUGCCAAACAUUCAAAACAUGAACACGAUGAACAACGUGAAUACGAACAUGUUUCAACGCCAGAAUAGUAACAUGAACUUCAACCAAGGCGCAAACACUCCGACCAACCAACAGAAUAAUUUUCAACAAUUUCAACAAGGGCAGAAUCCUAAUAAUCAGUCUGGUCCAUUUCCUGCUGCUGCGGCAGCUGCCGCUGCAGUGGCGGCAGCAGCAGCUACGGCUACAGCGACGGCCACUGCCACAGCCACGUUGCACAUGCAGGGUGAAGAACAAAUGACGAACAAUGGAGAAUUCAUGGACAACCAACCGUAUCAAGUGCAAGGUCAAACGCAAUUUCAUGCUAGAGGUGGGAUGAAUCCAAUGAACACCCGUGCCAUGUUUAACAAAGCAGUGGGUUACAACAUGGGUGGGCCUAACAACAUGUGUGGUGGUUAUAUGGGCCAACGAAAUAUGUACAUGGGUCAGCAGGGAAUGGGUGGUGGUAUGCCUUCUACAAUGGCUGCUGCACAAAGAAAUAUGAUGCGCUACACAGGACCACCUAUAAAACGAUCAGCAUCAAUGAUGGGUUACAACCAACAAAUGAUGGGUGGAAGCCCGAUGACGCCCGAACCACCCGGUGGACAGUUUAGUCCGUUUGGCCACGGCGGAAUCGGGAAAGGCGGUCCCUUUUCACCAGUUUACAAUGGUCCCAACCAAUUCGGCCCGAACAUGGGAGGAAUGGGAAUGACUGGCUCGAUGACUGGAAAUAUCGGUAUGCCUCCUCAAUACAACCAAAUGAAUAAUAUGAACAAUACCAUGGGUAACAUGAUGGGUCAGCCAGGUAACAUCCAACCAAUGACUACCCAAAGAAGGCCCAGCACGUUACAGUACCAACCGCAACCCUCUGCUGUGCAUCCUCCACAAUCGCCGAAUACUCCGGCAAAUAACAAUCGCUAUGGUAUGUCUAUAGACACGCCAACACCCGGGAGCAUGGCAGAUGUUAAACCUCAAAUAGCAGGUCCGCCACAACCGAUGAAAAACAUAGUACCGUCUCCGGUCCCUCCAGCCGACAUCAAGCCUAUAAUAAAAACUGACAAGGAUUGUCUCCGUUUAACCUUUAACGUAGCUAAUGGCAUCGUGCUGCAACCGUUCAGGCUUCAGCAUAAUCUGGCUGUCAGUAACCAUGCUUUCUUCUUAAAACCGCAAAUUCAUCAAACACUUAUGAGCAGACCUGAUUUGGAGCUUCAGUUUAAGUGCUACCAUCACGAAGACAAAUCUGUGACAACUAACUGGCCCAACUCCGUGAGUGUCAGCGUCAACAAUACACCGUUAAAUCUCGAAAGAGGAGACAGCAAAACUUCGCACAAACCUUUGCUUCUGAAGAACGUGUGCAAACCUGGUCGAAACACCAUCCAAAUCAACGUCCUCGUUUGUUGUUGUUCUCACUUAUUCGUGCUGCAGCUUGUCCACCGACCGUCUGUUAACUCAGUGCUUCAGGGCCUGCUUAAGAAAAGAUUGCUACCAGCCGAACAUUGCAUGAAAAAGAUUAAAUACAACUUCAAAACAUCGGCCGCCAACGGAACUACGGUGUCCAACUCUGUCGAAGAUGGCGUCGAACAAACGGCAAUCAAAGUUUCGUCGAAAUGCCCCAUAACGUAUCGAAGGAUAAACGUGCCAGCUCGUGGACAUGAUUGCAAACACAUACAAUGUUUUGACUUAGAGUCGUAUUUAAAGCUAAAUGUGGAUAAAGGGGCAUGGAAGUGUCCUGUAUGUAGCAAAAACGCUAUACUGGAAGGACUGGAAGUUGAUCAGUACCUUUGGCAGAUUAUAACAACUUUAACGAAAACGGGGCUGGAAGAGGUGACCUUAGAUUCGAGUGCGUCAUGGAAACCUGUCGCUAUAAAACAAGAAAUUAAACAGGAGGAAACGGAAUCUUCGGGCACGUGUUCUGGCGCUCCUCCCGCCAAGCGCAUAAAAUCGGUAGAUAGCGGUGUGGCUUCACCAAUGUCUAUUGGAAAUCCAGCUACACCGGGCUCUUAUAAGCCUCCAACGCCAGUUCAGCCGUGCACGCCUAAUUCUUUACAAGGACCAAAAACUCCACAGCAAUGCCAUUCAGGCGUAUCGUCGUCCACAAACAUGGACCCCAAGUUCGUUGUACCCAGUCCUGUUGCCAUGUCACAACCUCAGCUAGUAAGACAACAAAGUUUACCGGUGAAUGGUUCGAACAACAGACCGGAAAACAACUGCCAUCUGGCUCCUACGGGUGGACCGCCUACGCUGAUGCGUUCUCCUGACGCUCCACCGCCACCUUCGUCAUCAGCUCCACCCACCUCUGUGCAAAAUGAUGUAAGCGUGUCGAAAACAAAUGAUACGAGUGACUGGACAAACGCAGAAUUCAAUUUAGACUCAAUGUUUAGUGCAGCUGAAGCCAGUGAUAUGGGAGAUAACGACGACGGCGAGGAAGGCAGUUUAAACAUUCUUCCAGAUAGUUUGGACGAGAAUGAACUCUUGUCAUACUUAGUAGCUCCCGAUGCAUCAUCUGAAGAUCUGAUAUCAAGUAUGUUCGACAGCAUGAACUCGGCGGGAAAAUAAAGAAAAAACUUAAUAUGUGUAUAUAUAUUCUUAUUUUGAUAUUUUUAAUGUUUUAUUACGUGGAGAACAUAAAUAUAGCUGAUCGUAAUAUAAGCCUUGUAGAAAAAAAUGGCGUGAAACCAGUGUGUUUUUACCGGUACCGAUUAUAAGUUAUAAUUUUUUUAACAAACAGACUGGUUUUUUAGCCUUACGAAGAUGUUGAUAAUAAAAAUAAUAAAAAAACUUCUGGGGAGGGUGGGGUGAACUUUUUUGUUUACUGUUGUUGUUCAUGUAUUUUUACUGCUGGUGUAAACAGUUUUUUUUUUCUUUUACGCUAACAUUUUUCAUUUUUUUUUUAAGCUUUUUUUCAACAAUGAUUAAAAUAUCAGCUACUGUAUAUAAUUCUCUCCUUACAACUAAAACGCCAUUUUUAUACUGCUAUUUUUUUCAUAUUAUAAAAUUUCCAAGAAUCUUCUGCGCUGGCUUCUUUUCUACUACGGACGAAAACACAGGCAAGUAAACAAUCUUAACCGCCAGAUUGUAUAUGCCACGAAUCGGUAUAAGUUUACAAACUUCCUUGAUCGUGGUUUAAAUUCGCUGGUUGUCGAGUUAACCUGUCCAUGGCUGCAUUUCCAUGCAUAAGGUGCAUGUUCUUCAGAAUCGAAAUGUCUUAAAGAAUCUCUAAGAAGCAGUUGAAAGAUGGCGUUUGUAAUUUGUACGUAGAUAAUUUUGGUAUAUUAAAAAAACAUGUAGUUUAAUGCUAUAAACUUUUAACUUUCACGUAAUACGAGAGUGUUUUAUAUGAGAAAAAUAUUUUAACUUAUUAUGUGAAGUGUCUUUUUGUGUGUGUCUUAUACCUGGAACGAUAUCUUUUUUCAGUCUAAUUUCUUUAGUAAAAAGGGUUUUAAUAAUUAAAAUGAAAUAUUUGCAAUUCGUAAAAAUAUUUGGAGUAUUACGAAAGACAACAACUUCAACUCGACACAAACAUUGGUGUAUCUGUAACACAAACUUAGUGUUUAUAUGUAUCAUUGUUCAAUUUUUUAACUUACUUUCAAAAAUGGUGUAUUCGAUGUAUAUAAUACUUAAUGCAUUCUUGUUUUGCCGCCAUAUUAUUUCAUCGCCAUAUUUUAUACGAAAUAGAGACAAACAGACGUGAGCCGAACAGCGGGAAACCACUUUUCUUGUGUCGAAGAUUUAUCUGAUUAAAACCUGUGAAUCGUGAAUUGUUUUUACACCGACAUUGACGGUUUUUUACACCUACAUCGAGUGUUCCCUUUUUUAUGUUAUUUUUUUGGUUUAUACUACACAAAACCUAUGUACUUAUGGGCGGAAAGUUUUUAUUUGUAAAAAGUUUUUAUUUUUUCGGAGUAUCCAUGUUGAAGAUGGAAAGAUACUAUUUAUCUUCAGUUCAACUAGAACAUGUUUUGUGAAGUAAUUUAUUUUUUAUGUUGUUAGAUGUUUAGAUCUCGUAAAAAAUCAACAUUUUUUUUAUCGAUGCUAAUAAUUGAGCUUUCUUAGUUAUUUUUUUGUGAAAUAACAAAUGUAAAAUGUG